CAAAUUUCAACGCAUUGCGGCGCUGUGCGACGGUCGAUUGGCCAGACCAAACAUGCUUAUCUAUCGCAAUGAGCCGCGAUAUUUAUGAAUUGGUCAGGAUGCGGCAAAUGAUCCCACCGCGUGGCGUUUAGAACCGCGCUAGAUCGAUCAAGCAUGUUGGGUGGCACCCUCUCGGAAGUGGUGCACAGUCGCAAAAUUGCCCUAGACUAUACACUUAUCUCUGCUUCGCCCGCCUUUGUCGGCGAGCUGCGGUUCUCGUUUCGCGUAAAUAUCAUCGCGCCGCCCUCGAGUCUUGGGUACGAGAAUCCCAUACUCGCCCACUGGUCCUCACGACUCACCGUGCGAUCCCUUACGCAAGGAGCAGCUUCGAGACCGAAGUGACAAAUCUAUCAUUAUGUCUUCUCCUGUGUACGAUCUGGAAAAAAACCCCAAGGAGGCCGGCGAGGGUAGCAUUCCUUCGGAGUCUCAUAAUCCCUACUACGGCAACGAAGGUGCGGUGCCUGGAGAGAGCUUUGAAGUCGGAAACAGCUUUUAUGCCAAGGCACAGCGAUUUGCUGGUAAACUCAAGAUUGAGCAGAGAGGCAUCGAGAGAGUCCCCGAAGAUGAGAGAACAGACACUGGGUUCAAGGCGUUGUUGAAUGUUUCAACUAUGUGGCUCUCGGCCAACAUGGUCGUAUCUUCCUUCGCCAUUGGUGUCCUCGCGAAGACUCUGUUUUAUCUCGGAUUCGCAGAUGCUAUUCUGGUCUGUCUGUUCUUCAACUUGAUCGGUAUAUUGCCAGUAUGCUUCUUCUCCACCUUCGGCCCUGUUUUUGGCCUCAGGCAAAUGGUUCUCUCGAGGUUCUGGUUUGGCUGGUGGGGCGCAAAGUUAAUCGCUGUGUUCAACGUGCUCGCAUGCAUUGGCUGGUCCUCGGUCAACAGCAUUGUUGGCGCCCAAUUGAUCAACACUGUCAACAGUGAUGUACCUGGCUACGCGGGAAUUAUCAUCAUUGCAAUCCUUACAUUUGCAAUCACUCUCUUCGGCUACAAGAUUGUCCACGCCUACGAGUUCUGGUCCUGGAUCCCUACCUUCAUCGUCUUCCUCAUUGUCGUGGGCGUGUUUGGUCACACUGGAGAUUUCGUCAACCUCAAGUGGGAGUCCGGAACCUCGGAAUUGGGCAGCUGCCUUUCCUUCGCCGCCACUGUAUAUGGCUUCGCAACUGGCUGGACCAGCUACGCUGCUGACUACACCGUGUAUCAGCCGAGCUCUCAAAGCCGUGUCAAGGUUUUCUUCUGGACGUUCGCCGGUCUCAUCAUUCCCCUGCUCUUCACUGAGUUCCUUGGUAUUGCCAUCGCGACCGCUACCUCGAUCAACGAUGGAGACAACAUUUACCAAGCCGGUUAUACAGCAUCAGGCAGUGGUGGACUCCUCGGCGCAGUGCUCGUCACCCAUCUAGGUACUUUUGGCAAGUUCUGCCUGGUAUUGCUUGCUCUUUCUAUUAUUGCCAACAACUGCCCGAACCUUUACUCCGUCGGCCUUACUGUGCAGGUGUUUGGCAGAUGGACUCAACGCAUCCCUCGUUUUAUCUGGACCGGCGUCGCGACCGCUUGUUAUAUCGCAAUCGCCAUUCCAGGUUACAGCCAUUUCGAGGACGUUCUGGAGAAUUUUAUGAACUUCAUCGGUUACUGGCUCGCUAUCUACGAGGGCAUCUCUCUUUGCGAUCAUUUCGUUUUCAAGCGCGGACUUCAAGGCUAUGUUGUUGGUGAUUACGACAAGCCUGAGAACCUCCCUCCGUCCUUCGCUGCAGUUAUCGCCUUCUGCUUCGGUGUUGCUGGUAUGGUUACAGGAAUGUCGCAAACCUGGUUCGUCGGCCCCAUCGCGCGCCACGCUGGCGCGCCACCGUUUGGCGGAGACUGUGGCUCAGAACUCGGUUUUGCUUUUGGCUUUGUUAUGUAUUUGAUCCUCCGCCCUAUUGAAUUGAAGUAUUUCAAGAGGUAGAACAUAUUUUAAGAGGAUAGGUUCUUGUAGUGUAGAUAUAUUAUUCUUUAGUAAUUACAAUUCUUACAAGUGUUG